AUCUGCCGGCAUGGCGUCCUCGAAUUUUUGCAGACAGCUUUUUCGGACAUUGUCUGUUCUUAAAUUUCGUGUUAAUUCAAAAGCCAUUAACAACUAUCGGUUAUAUUUGAAAAAUAGUGUUUCUAAAUUGGUACCAGAUAAACACGUCAACUACAACAAGGGUUGGCUAAUAGCUGCAGGAUUUCCAAUAACAUGGUCUCGAGCUGGGCAUAUGAAAUUCGCAUUUGGAUCAGUAUUGCCAACAGUCUCACUUCUAUCCAUUGCAUUUUGUGAUGACGGCUCGAAUGACAACAAUCAAAAGUUCCUCCUGGCUGUAAAACAAGGAAAUGUAAGAGAAAUUGAAAGGUUAUUGAAAACAGGUGUUGAUGUAAAUCAGAGGCAUGAACUUGGAUGGACAGCACUCCACGUAGCUGUUAUAAAUGGAAAUCUCAGAAUUGUAAAGUUACUACUGAAGGCUGGGGCAGACCCUAGCGCACGUGAUGAAUAUACCAACCACGUUACAAUAGCCAGGGAGAGGCGGUUCAACACAAUGCAUGUGUUGAUGAUACGAGAACAAGAGUUCAGUGACCGGCUCCACCAGAGGGCCUACUUCAAGGACUGUACACCCCUCCACUAUGCUGUCCUCGUUGACGACGUUGACAUUGUCAAGGAGCUCCUACAAGCAGGUGCUGAUCCAACAUUGGAAAAUGCAAAUGGCCAUACUCCUGUUGAAUAUGCCAAGAGCAGUUUGAUGAAGAAGGCGAUCCAGGAGGCAACAGAAAAGUUUAAAGUCAUACAAGAACAGAAAGCAGCAGAAGAGAGAAGACAGUUUCCUCUGGAGCAGCGACUGAAGGAACACAUCAUUGGACAGGAUGGUGCCAUCAAUACUGUGGCUGCUGCUAUCAGAAGAAAGGAGAACGGCUGGUACGAUGAGGACCAUCCUCUGGUGUUUCUAUUCAUGGGAUCUUCAGGAAUAGGUAAAACCGAAUUAGCUAAACAGUGUGCCAGGUAUCUACAUAAGGAUGUGAAAAAGGGCUUCAUAAGGAUAGACAUGUCAGAGUACCAGGAGAAACACGAGGUUGCUAAGUUUAUCGGCUCGCCUCCUGGUUAUGUAGGACAUGAAGAGGGUGGACAGCUCACCAAGAGACUGACGGAAAGUCCAACAGCUGUUGUCUUGUUCGAUGAGGUGGACAAGGCACACCCCGAUAUACUGACCAUCAUGCUUCAGCUGUUUGACGAGGGUCGCCUCACAGAUGGCAAGGGGAAGACCAUUGAUUGUAAGGAUGCCAUCUUUAUUAUGACAUCCAACCUUGCCAGCGAAGAGAUAGCUAACCACGCCCUUCACCUAAGACAGGAAGCAUCUGAGUUGUCCAAGCACAAACAUGUGGGAAAACUGGAGGACCUGGAGGCUACUGAGAGGAUCACCAUAUCUAGGAGGUUUAAAGACAUUGUUGUACGUCCGAUCCUAAAGAGAGCCUUCAGAAGAGAUGAGUUCCUUGGAAGGAUAAAUGAAGUGGUUUAUUUUUUACCAUUUUCGAGAUCUGAGCUAAGUAAACUUGUGACCAAGGAGCUGGAAUUUUGGUCAGAACAAGCUAAAACGAAACAUAACAUCAAACUAAUCUGGGACCAUAGUGUGGUUGAUGUCCUGGCUGAAGGCUAUGAUGUCCAUUACGGGGCCAGGUCAAUUAAAUAUGAGGUUGAGAGGAGGGUGGUGUCCCAGCUAGCUAUGGCACAUGAGAGGCAGCUGAUAAACAAAGGCUGUGUUAUUAACAUUUCUGCCGUCAAUGCACCAGACAUGACCAAGUCUGGUAGCACAGUGCCAUCGUCCGACGGAAGCAAGGAAGUGGCCACUAUAAAACUACAACUUCUAAAGCAGGGCAGGAAAAAUGAAUAUGUGGAUAUAAACUUACAGGAUAGCAGUAAUCCUUUUACUACAGAAUAUAAAUAG